ACUGCAUCGAUGUCAUGAAGAGAAAUAAUGAUGCUUGACAGAAUUAUGUUUCUUUUAUUUUUUAUCUUAUCACUAGUGAUAGGUAGUUUUAGUGAGUAUUUGGAUGAUAAAUAUUAUUCAACUAAUUCUAUUGAUGUGGUCUGUAAGCCAUGUGCAGUCCCAUCAAGUAAUUCUGUAAUAUGGCUACCAGCUUCACGUCCUCCAUGUCUACACCCCGGUCAACCAAUCAUUCAUUGGCCUGAUUUAUCUGAUAACUUGGCUUGUCCUGUUCCUGGUCUUCCAGAUUCUGUCCAUUCUUCGCAAAUUUCAUUGCUAGAAGGAGAAGGACUUUUGUUAACAAAAGAGAGAAUUUGCUUUUUUGAUGGUCCAAUCGAUUUUCAUUAUGAUUAUGUUUGUGAUGGAAAACUUUAUCGAUCAAAAAUGAGAAUAGGACAUUCCAUUGCUUCGAAGAAAAAGUUGGAAACCAGAAGAACAAAGAGAUGGGCGAGAAGGAGAAAUCCCGAUGCAAAUGCUGUUCAUUUUCAACAAGAGAAAUAUGUAAAAGAAUUACCAGAAGAUACUCCAAUUGAAACAAUAAUUGCAUCUGUAAAAGCCUCACAUGCUUCAUCUCAACCUCUUUACUACUCAAUGGUUGCUCCACAAGAUUCUCGAUCUCAAAACUUGUUCACCUUGGAUACUAUGAGUGGAGAGAUUCGUUUGGCCAAAAGUAUGGACCGAGAAGUUCUUGAUAAACAUAUACUGAAGGUCACAGCUUACGAGAGGGUUGAUCCAACAAUAUCGGCUAGUACGACUGUAGUUGUUCACGUUCUAGAUGUUCAGGACAAUAGCCCGAUUUUCGAAAAAGAUUCUUAUUUUGGAGAAAUCCGCGAAGAUGCUCCGAUUGGCACCACUGUUCUAUCGGUUUUUGCGAGAGAUUUGGAUUCUGGAGAAAAUGGAGAAAUUGAGUAUUCAUUGGGUGAAGGAAAUGGAAAGAAUCUUUUGGCAAUUAAUGCAAAAAGUGGAGUCAUUCAGACAGCCGCACCUUUGGAUCGUGAAACACUUUCUCUCAUUCGCCUAGAUGUGAUUGCUAGUGAUAAAGGAACUCCAAAAAGAGAAUCAACUGCUAUGGUUGAGAUUACUGUAGUUGAUGUGAAUGAUAAUGCUCCAGUUUUUGCAUCGGAUUCAUAUAAUGUUACUAUCUUGGAGAAUAUAACAAUUCCUGCGGUGAUUGCUACAGUAAAAGCAACUGAUGAAGAUUUUGGAACAAAUGGGAAAGUACACUACUCGAUGGCUUCAUCCUCAGGAAUUGGAGGUCUAACAAUUGAUUAUUCAACUGGAGAAGUAACUCUUAGAGAACGAAUCGAUGCCAAAAACUCUCCGAUAACUGCAGUAAUCCGUGCAAAAGAUGGAGCACAGCCAGCCCUUUCCAGCACAGUUCCACUCACAAUUAAUGUUAUUGACAUUAAUGAUCAUGCUCCAACUCUUAUCGCUGCGCAGAAAAUGAUAACUCUUGAAGAGAAUGUAGCAAUUGGAGAAGAGGUUGGAAGAGUUUAUGCUAUUGAUGAAGACAGUGGACCUAAUGGAAUUAUAAAAUAUUCUAUGGAAGGAUCGGAAGACUUUAUUAUUGAUGAAGAUAGUGGAUUGAUAAAGACAACAAAACUUCUAGAUCGUGAGACAACUGCACGAUAUUCUUUAAAAGUCACAGCAAGAGAUAUGGGAACUCCUUCACUGAAUACUUCAACGACGAUCGCAGUGGUAUUGAAAGAUAUCAACGAUAAUGCACCGACUUUCGAUAAAAAAGAAUAUAAUGUGACGAUAUCUGAAGAAAUGCCACGUGGAAGUCAGAUCAUCACACUGAAAGCAGUUGACAACGAUGAAGAUCAGAAAAUCACGUAUCGAAUCGAAGAGGCCGAUAGAGAAGUGUUCAGUAUUUUGGAUAUUGGAGAUCAGGGUGCAAUUUUGAGUGUUUCUGGAGAAUUGAAACGUCAAGAUCAUAAAGUUAGAGUCGAAAUCUCUGCAACAGAUCAAGGUGGAUUACAAGGAAGAUGUGUAGUGAAUGUGUUCAUUGAUGAUGUCAAUUCGGCACCGUAUUUCAAUGAUCAUCCAUUUUCUGUGAAAAUUCCAGAGCAUUCACCUAUUGGAUAUCCGGUUAUUACUUUGAAAGCAGAAGACCAUGAUCGUGGUGAUAAUGCUCGUAUUGUCUAUUCCAUUGAUUCCUCUCAAUUUUUCCGAAUUGACCCAUCUUCUGGAGACAUUUCUGUAUCUUCCGACCUGGAUCGUGAAGAUCGUGCCACGUUCUCCGUCAUCGUGACAGCUUCAGAUCAUGCAAGUCCACCGCUUAACACGUCAACACAAAUUGAAGUGAUUCUGGAUGACAUAAAUGACAACUCACCACAGUUUACAUCUUCAAGCUAUGCUGCCACAAUUUCAGAAGAUAUUCCGGUUGGGACUUCAUUUCUACAGGUAUCUGCAAUUGACGCUGACAUCGGUCCAAAUGGAAUUGUCGACUACUUCCUAAACGAAUCUUCCUCAUCUCCUUCCAUUCAACUUUUUCGACUGGACCGCACAUCGGGAACUCUUCGUGUCAGCUCAAAGCUUGAUCGUGAGCAGUUUGCAGUAAUUGUUCUACCGAUAUUCGCAAGAGACCGAGGAACACCCUCGCUGUCUGCUGCAUCUGAAAUCACACUGACUCUCUCCGAUGUCAAUGAUAAUGCUCCAACAUUUGAGCAACUCUCUUAUGACCUGUAUAUUGCUGAAAACUCUCCAGUUGGUUCAACAGUUGGAACAAUUGUUGCAAGAGAUGCAGAUGAGGGAGAUAAUGCUGAUAUUUCAUUCAGAAUUUUUGGAGGUGCUGAUGCCAAACUUUUUGAUAUUGAAGAAGAUGCUGAACAAAAUGGAGUUGUACGAAUUCUGACGAGAGCUGAAUUCGAUUACGAAGCCAAGGCAAACAAAUUCUUCUUCGAAUUACAAGCAAGUAGUGGACAAUUGUCUUCAACUGUUCCAGUUAGAAUCCACGUGUCAGAUGUGAAUGACAAUAAGCCUGCACUGAAGGAUUUUGUGAUUCUAAUGAACAGAUUUGAUAAUGUGCAAAUGGCUCGACAAAUUGGAUUUAUUCCGGCAUUUGACCCUGAUCAGAAUGCAACACUUGAGUACUUUUUGGAGGAAAAUGAUUUGAUUGAGGCUGAAAAAUACACAGGAAAGAUUUUAGUAAAACAAGAAUGGAAAAGAAAUAUGGAUGUUUCAUUCAAGACAUGUGUUUCGGAUGGAGCAAAUACAGAAUGUUCUACGUGUCGAUUUAUUCAUGUAUUGGUUGAACCUGAAUGGCUCUCGGAGAGCUUUACAUUGAGUUUGGCUAGAAUGACUGUUGAUGAUUUCUGGGAUCCAUUGGUUUUUCAAAGAUUUAGAGAUGCCAUGUCCACUUUGAGCAACUGGAAACCUUCUGACAUUCACGUCAUUGGUGUCAAGCAGCAUCUUGAUGACGUCAUCUACAUAAAUAUCGCAAUCACAGACCAUGGAAGAGUCGUACGAGGCUGGAGAGCGAUUGAAUUGGUGAAAGAAUCAAUCAAAAAGUUGGAAAAGAUGACAUUAUUGCAAGUUGAAGUUAUAAGAGAUGAAUCAUGUGCAAAUGAGCCAUGUUCCCAUAUGGCGAAGUGCAGACAAACUCAAAAGUUUGUUGGAGAAAUGAAGGCUCACGAGACUGAUAAUUUCAUUGCUCGUACCUUGAACACAGUGAAUACAUUUGUUUGUGAAUGUCCAUCUGGAUUUACAAGUUCAGGUGCCCAUGGUGACUGUGAUACGCGUAUCGAUGAGUGUUAUCGUGGCAGGUGCUCUAAUAAUUCGACUUGCGUUGCGUUCGAGAACACGUAUCAAUGCGAAUGCAAACCCGGCUGGAUAGGUCGUCACUGUGAAAUUUCGGUUCAUGCUCUCACGUGUGUUCCUGGUUACUGUAUGUCAGAUUCUCUGUGUGAACUCGACGGGAAUCAAAUGAAAUGUAGACAUUGUAAAUAUCACGGAGAAGAUACAGAUGAACGAUGCCGCCUCAGAAGUGUAUCUUUUGAUGGAGAAGGUCUUCUUAAUGUGAAUCUAGACUUACCACGUACCCAAUGGACCAUGAAAUUCAGAGUCUCUACAAUUGCACAUAACGGUGUUUUGGUAUUCACCGGUGACAAAAGAAGCGACUUUGUGGAAGUUUCUGUUGUGGAUCGAGUACUAAAGGUUCAAUUCUCAUUAGGCGGAGAGAAAAUUGAUGCGAAAAUGGAAAAUGAUGUGGAAAAUAGAAUAAAUGAUGGUGAAUGGCAUACUGUUGCUUUGGAGUACUCGAAUAAACAAAUCACAAUGUCUCUGGAUGAUUGUGAAACUAAUCCAUCCCUUCUUCUGAAUACUUCUCCAAAUUGUGCUAUUCGUGCGAAGCUGAACCUCGAGAAAAAAUGCGAAGAUCCAACAGUUCCAUGCUAUCGUUAUCUGGAUAUUUCAAAUGGAUUAUUCCUUGGAGGCCGUCCUGGAACUUCGAAGCAAAUCGAGAAGGCCUUCUCUGGAUGUAUUUCUGAUUUGUCAGUGGAUAAAGAAGAUGUCGAUUUUUCAACGAUCAAAGAAAUGCACAAAGUUGGACAAGUUCAUGAAGGAUGCAAGCAUCGUAAAGAUUUUUGCUCAACUUCGGAUGGACAAUGCUCGGCUACCUCGAAGUGUGUCAAUCGUUGGGGAGGCAGAAUUUGUAGCUGUCCGCAAUCGGUUCAUUCGACUGGUGAAUGUGUUGGAGCACUUGGAACUCAAGAUUUACGUGGGCAUUCUCUAUUUGAAGAGGAAUCAUUUGUUUUGUACCAGCCAAGCCAAGUAUCUGUACCGUUUGAAGUUUCAUUUGAAUUCCGGACAUCUCGAGCUGAUAUGCAAGUGUUUGCACUCGAAUUUACACAAAGAAGUGUUCAUUACAACUUGGAAGUUGAUGAUGGAACUUUGAAAUAUAACAUUGGAGAUUCUGAAGUUGAGUUGCCAGCUCCUGAAGUAACAUCAAAGCAUUGGAUGAAUGUUGUCAUCAAGUUUGAAGCAGAUUCAGUUGCAACUAGUAUAAAUGGAAUCUACAGUGCAGAAGCUAAAGCUUCCAUUUCUGAUAUGAAUCUAGAGAGCUUAUACUUUGGAAUUGCACCUGGAACUGGACAUCCAUCACGUUUUGAAGGAUGCAUUCGGAAUGUUUUGGUUGAUGGAAGAUCGAUUUCAGUGAAAAAGAAAGGAAAGACUCGAGCUGGAUGUGUUGUUCCAAAUCGAUGUUCCGUUGAUUCCAUCUGCCCUGCUGAAAGUACUUGUCACAGAGCAUGGAACAAACACAAAUGCAAAUGCCACAAAAGUUUUGUAGGCGACACGUGUCUUCCUGUGUGCUCUGUCGCCAACGUGUGCUCUUCCGGGACUUGUGUAUCAUCCAACACAACUGCAGGUUAUGAAUGCAUUUGUCCUGCGGGAAAAACUGGAAAGAACUGUCAACUUGAAGCACCAAAACAGAUGUGUCCUUCUGGAUGGUGGGGAACUUUUCCAAGAUGUAGAAGAUGUUCUUGUGCCCAAACUAAGGAUUAUGAGGCACAAUGUGAUAAGAAGACUGGAGCAUGUCAGUGCAAGAAAAGCCAUUUCUCAACUAUCAAUGGAUGUGUAAAAUGCGAAUGUGGAUUUGGAGCUGACAGUACAGAAUGCUCAGCUGAUGGGCAUUGUAAAUGUAAUGGAGAUGCAGUUGGGAGAAGAUGUGAUAGAUGCUCUAGAUUUGAUCAUCAACUCGACUCAAAGACUCUAAAAUGUAGACCAGUUUCUGGAAAGUGCCCAUCUGAAAUUGAGUACAGUAUCCAAUGGCCUGCAAGUCAAAAAGGAUCAAUCGUACGACAGUCCUGUCCAGUUGGAGAAAGUGGUCUCGCAACUCGGAAAUGCUUAGAAACUGGAAGAUGGUCGGAUGUGAAUGCUUGGAAUUGCACCCGCCCGGAAUAUUCUAUAAUGGUCAACAAGUUUGAAAUUCUGGAGCCAUCGAAGCUGCUCACAAUGGUCGCAAAUGCUACAAAUACGGAAUCUUCAAUUCGAGGACGGAAUCAACAAAUUGCAGCGGAAGCAUUGAGUAGGCUUGUAGAUUAUGAACAGAGUAUGCCAAUGAAGGGAAGAGCUCAUAUCAAGGAUAUGAAGUUUACGGAAAAAUUGAUUGAAUCAUUGGGAAGAGUUAUGAGUGAGCAACCUGCAGAUGAGUAUUCAACUUUGAUUUCAAAGCUAUGGAAUUAUGCUGAAACUGUUGCUGAAAUCCAUGAAAAUGUGAACUUCUUAUCACCAUUCUUUGUUGCUAAUGAUCACAUCGUAUUUGCAUCGGAUAAACUGGAUUUCGGAAACAUUCUUCCAAAGUUCAACAACUUUGUGGAUCUUCGUCCAACAGGUUUCCCAAGAGUUCGAGCAAUUGUCACAGGAACAACCCAAGUUGUUUAUUCAAUUGUACCAUAUCCACGCUGCAAUCGGUGUGAGAACCCAAUGAUUGCCAUAGUCGCCAACACUUCUGAUCCAGUCAUUGUUGAAUUUGAAAUAGAAGAAGACGAUGGUUGGAAGUAUCCAGAAUGUGUUCGUUUUGAUGAGAAAUCAGGAACAUGGACGGCCCGAGGAGCAGCUUUGAUUGGUCUUAAUUUGACUCAUGCUGCAUGUGAAUACAAUCGAAUUGGAGUUUUUACAAUGUUUGUGAACGAUCAGUCAAGUUCAAUAGUCCGAGUAGCACAGAUGGAUAAUAUGACGUCACCUGCUAUCGCUGGAGUUGCUCUUUUCCUUUGCUUCCUUUCUAUUCUUCUGACACUCUCCAGACGAAGCCUGAAGACUCAUUCAGUUCGAAUUGGAUUCAUAUUGUUCUUUGCAAUCAAUAUUUUGAAUCUCUUCUUCGUUCAUAAAACUGCAAUCAAUCAAGCAUAUUGUCCAGUGAGAAACGCAAUGCUCUCAUUCACAUCGUCAGCUCCGUUCGCAUGGCUCUUCUUGUAUGGUCUCUACAUCUACAGAAUGCUUGCAGAUGGUUCUUCGUCUCCAAGUUUAACAACAUCUCUGCUCGUUGGAAUUGUAUUCCCUUGCCUUAUCUCAUUCACAACAUUUUUUGUCACCGAUCAGUGCUCAUUAUCUCCACAUCUUUGGCUCUUCUGGUGCAUCAUUCUUCCAAUUGGAUUAUUCCUUCUUCUAUCAUUUUAUGCAGCUGCAACGUCAGUUCUUGUCAGCUUACACAAGAAAUAUGAUGUUUUUGUUGCAAAGUAUAAUGUGAAGAGAGCAGUGUUCCAGCACUUUAUUUUGACGAUAUUCACAUUGGGAAUGACACUUACCGGGUUAUUUGCCAAUCAACUACCUCUUCCAAUGGAAAUAAUGGAGAUCUCUCAGUCGAUCAUUUAUUUGAUAGCUGCAUUGGUUAUUUUCUUGUGGUGCGUCUGUGAUAUCACCACAAAAGCUUCGGACUCUAAUCCGAGUAUGUGGUUGGACAAUCAGAAGUCGGUAAUGGCAGAAUCCACGAUGGCGGAUCCACAGUGUGCAUCACCAUUAUUAUCUCCAAGACAUCAACAUCACGAGGUUCCAAUGGAUUCUGAAUGGGUUCCAGAUGUAAAUCCAUCAAACCAUUAUCAUACUUCAAUCAAUGAACCAGACACUCCACGUCGUCUUCUUCUACCUCAGAAUCGAGACGUCAUCAACAUUCUUUCAUCACCUGAUCAAAUUCUAAAUGAAGGAGUUGGACACGUUUAUCGUAACAAUAUGGGAUCACUUCCACGUCUUCGAAGUGCUCAAGAUGAAGCUGAUGAUGCGUAUUACACAUAUACGGCAUCUAGAAAAUACAAAAAUACCACAUCUACAUUCAACAGGGAAUAGAAUAUUAUUCAUUGAUUUUUAAUUAUUUUUAAGUUAUGUGUACAAAUGAUCUCUCUUUUCAGUUGUUUUGUAUCUCUUAAAUUUUCUUUCAUUUUCCCAUUUUAUUCAUAUCUGUGACUCUAGUUUCUUUCUAUUAUUUUUCUUUUCUAGCUUUACAAAAUCUUGCCUUACUUGUUCAUUGUUCCGAUGAUUUUCUUUUAUAAAUAUGUUUUUAAAAAAAAAUUAAAAUUAAAAUUUAUAAAUUUAUAAAUU